AUGCACGCUUCAAUCGUCCUGGGCGCAGCCCUCGCCAUCCGCGCCGCUACCGCCGUCGCCGUCCCAGCUCCCAGCGAGCCAGCCAUCCUCCCUCGCGACUACGACAACGACGAUAACUUGCCCACCGCGCCCUGGGUCACAGUCGACGACGAGGGCAAUCCGAGCAAAACCUUCACGCCUUCAUUUGCAACCGUCGCCGGCACAGCAUCUGGCAUUGACACCGCGCCUCACGACCUCACGGCCUCGUUGUACACCAUCACCAAGUAUGGCCACAUUUCCACCAGCACUGGCCUGCCGCCCAAUCCGACGCCCACCAACGACAAGACCAAGCAGGGCGCCUUUUCGCGAUGCUACAACAAGAACGGGCCGUAUGCGCCCUUCUGCCGUCCUUCAUAUAAUUCUAGCAUCUACACCGGCAGCACAUACUACGUAACUUGGGACCCCGACUACUACAACAACACCCAGACCGCGCGCCUCAACACGACCUACUCCGUCACCCUGCGCGUCGACUACCUCAACACAACCACCAACAAGUACGAGCACCUCGAAACGCUGGAGAACAGCGUCCCCGCAAAAUGGGGCUACUUCUCCUUCUUCGUCGACGGCAAAUACCUCCACGGCCAAAAGCGCAGCAACAACAUCACCAUCACCCUCAUGGGCCACGUCCAAGGCAGCCUCGACUACAACAACCGAACAACGCCUCUCCCCGUCGUCGUCUCCAACCCGCCCCUGGAUCCCACCGCGCCCAGCAACGCUCCCAAGGGCAAAACCCUCACCAUUGCCCUCCCAGUCACCUUUGGCGUCAUUGCCCUCCUCCUCGUGGGCGGGUGUCUGUGGAACCGCAAGACCCGCCACAUCAAGCUCGGCAACAUCAUGAGCCGCUCUCGUCACGGAUACACCGGCCGCAAGACGCGCAAUGUCUUCAGCCGCAGCCGCAAGGACAACGGCAUCCAGCUUGAUACUGCGCCGCUGUCCCCUCCGCCGAUUGACUACCGCGAUGUUCCGGAACGGCCGAGACGUGACAGCGAGGCAUUGGGCAGCUUGACGGGGAGUCCUGUGCGCGGCACUUUCGAGGAGCCUGGUAGCACGGGCGGGCGAAAUGCCUUCCGUGACGAGGUGAGACGACAGGAGCGGGAGAGACGGGGCGACUUUUAG